UUCUCUCCCGUUUCUCACUUUCUCUCCUCCUAUCCAGGUUCUUGACGAAAUCGAACGAAAUUUUCUUGUUUUCUUCUCCUCUUCAAGCGAUCGAAGUAGAGUCGCAUCAAGAAUUAGAUAGAGAUGGGUCAGAUUCAGUACUCUGAGAAAUAUUUCGACGAUACUUACGAGUACAGGCACGUCGUUCUCCCUCCUGAAGUCGCCAAACUGCUCCCAAAGAAUCGCCUUCUUUCCGAAAAUGAGUGGCGAGCGAUCGGGGUUCAGCAGAGCCGUGGAUGGGUUCACUACGCGAUCCACCGCCCUGAGCCACACAUUAUGCUCUUCAGGAGGCCGCUUAACUACCAACAGCAGCAGGAGAACCAGGCUCAGCAACAGAUACUAGCCAAGUGAAAAGAAU